AGACGCUUGUUGUAACAUAAUUGUUUUUAUAUGACUGUUAUAUGUAUCCUGACAUAUUAACUUAACUUGUAAUCUGAUAUACAGGGUAAUUAAGCGGUGGAGGCGUUAACGAACACUGAGUGUGUUGUAAGCCUGUGUGGCCUGCUGAAGGGUGAUGAAGUGGCGGAGGUGGGCUGAGUUCAGCGUCAGGUCUACACUCCUCUUUUGCUGGUCUGCGCCUCGGUGUCGCUCCUCCUCUUCCUUACAGCUCCACAGGUUUCAGCAGCACGUGUUGGAGAGACGCUGUUACAGCACCGUGAUGGCUGAAGAGGCGAAGAAACUGGCCGCUUAUGCUGCCGUGGACAACCACAUCCAGAACAACCAGGUGGUGGGAGUGGGGAGUGGCUCCACCAUAGUCUAUGCUGUGGACAGGCUGGCUGAGAGAGUAAGGCAGGAGAAGUUGAACAUUGUGUGCAUCCCCACAUCGUUCCAGGCUCGACAGCUGAUUCUGCAGCAUGGCCUGUCCCUUUCAGAUUUAGACAGACACCCAGAUCUGGACGUGGCCAUUGAUGGCGCUGAUGAGGUGGACGAUUCACUCGCACUUAUUAAAGGAGGCGGAGGAUGCUUGACUCAGGAGAAAAUCGUAGCCGGCUGUGCCAAACACUUCAUCGUCAUUGCUGACUACAGGAAGGACUCGAAGGCACUGGGGCAGCAGUGGAAGAAAGGCGUGCCGGUGGAAGUGGUCCCGAUGGCGUACGUGCCUGUGUCCAGGGCCAUCACACGGCGCUUCGGAGGGGAAGCUGUGCUGAGGAUGGCUGUCAGUAAAGCGGGCCCAGUGGUGACUGAUAACAGCAACUUCAUCCUGGACUGGAAGUUUGAGCAUGCUCAGAACUGGAAAGAGGUCAACACUGCCAUCAAAAUGAUCCCAGGUGUUGUGGAGACUGGCUUAUUUGUAGGAAUGGCUGAGAGAGUUUACUUUGGGAUGGAAGAUGGAAGUGUGAAGGUCAGAGAUGCUCCAAUGAACUGAAGAAACACAAAAAGACAGAAGGUCCUGUCCUUUCCUGUCCUUGACACCUCAAGUGCCAGUGCAGUGUACACAAACACACACACACACAUCACACAGCUCUAUGUGUUGUCUACUAGAAGUAGCAGAAGCCCCUGCUGGCAAAGCCGGUACACCACUAGAACAUUCCCUAUAAUCUGUAAGUUUAUGUGUAAGUGUUCUGUGAAAUUAUACACACAUCCAUCAGGCGGGUUUAGAGAUUCUCUGUGCUUUUUAUUUCGUUGUUCAUCGUCCUGUUAUUGUCACAGUUUGAGUCGAUGUGAAACCCGCUGAAUCAUCAUGGCCUCCGUGUAGUGCAGCCUAAACAAGAAGUCAGAUUAUGUCCAAGCCUAUCGAAAUGAUUAUUAUUCAUGGAAGAUCUGGGAAAAUGCCUCUUUUGUGUUUCCCACACAUUCUCACACACUGCUCUUUGUGCCUCAUUCAGUCAUUUUGUUAAAGUUGUUGCCUUUUCAUUUUACUUUUGUUUCAAUUCAACCAAAGCAUAACAAGAAUCUACACACUGUAUGGUAUCAGUACACCAAUUUACAGUUUCUGUUUUCUGUAGAUUUGUUUGCAGUUCUCUCAGAUUUCUGCAGACUAUUGUGACCAAAACAUUUUUUUAUAUAUAUAUUAAUUAUUCUCACAAUCUCUUUGUGUAGCUUGAGCAGUUUAGACAGUUUGUCGAUGCUCACAUUUCACGAUAAACCCGCAUGCCUGUAAAUUUAAUUUGUAAACUUUAUCGAAUGUGCCUGUAGACACCGUCAUCAGAUCAGGGAUUUAGAGUACCACUUCACUGGCUCACCCCAUCAGGCCUUACCUUUACACACCUUCAGCUAUGUGUAAUAUUAGAACAGAUGUUUAAUAUCUGGAAUGGGCAUUAUGGAUUUGAGAUGGUAUUUUACGCACCAGCUUUAUUUUGGAAAUUUUGUUACCAACAUUACUGUGAUAUUCUGGUUUUGAUUUGUGAUCAGAAUCCUAAACUGUUAUUCUGUUGACUGAAUAAAUAUAUUAAAAGAGGACUGUUGACCUAAGCUGGA